CACAAGAUGGCCAAGAGCAUUCUCAUCCUCUGCGGCGAUUACAUGGAAAACUAUGAGGUGAUGGUUCUCUUUCAAGUGUUGCUGGCCUACGGAGUCUCCGUCCACAUCGUUUUCCCUGGAAAGAAAACCGGCGACGUAUGUCGGACUGCUGUUCAUCAAUGCCUUGGUCAUCAGACUUAUUCUGAGUCACGGGGUCACAACUUCACAGUCAAUGCAACCUUUGAUGAGGUUGACGCAAGCAAAUAUGAUGGACUUGUUAUUCCAAGAGGGCGGGCUCCAAAAUAUCUUGCAAUGAAUGAAUCUGUUUUGGACUUGGUAUGCAAAUUUUUUAGCUCUGCAAAACCAAUUGCCUCUAUUUGCCAUGGGCAGUUAAUCUUGGCAGCUUCAGCCUCAGUCAGAGGAUGGAAGUGCACAGCUUACCCUACUGUGGGACCUGCACUCAUUGCUGCAAGAGCUCACUGGGUAGAACCUGAGACCAUGUCAGCAUGUGUUAUUGAUGGUAACCCUAUUACUGCAGCAACUUACACAGGUCAUCCUGGGUUCAUCCAGUUUUUUGUAAAAGCACUAGGAGGCACCAUAACUGGUUCAAAUAAAUGGAUUCUAUUUUUGUGUGGGGAUUUGAUCACUUACCAAACAAGACAUGGGCUGCAUCCUCAAGGAAAUCUCCAAGUAAGCCACGCAUAA